GACGCUUGUAAUGCUGAGACAGACUCCCAGAAGAUCUCAGCAAGUCGCGUAGCUAAGCCCGGCAGGUUCUGUGGGGUCGUGCUGCUGCUAUGAGCUGCACCAUCGAAAAGAUCCUGACAGAUGCCAAGACGCUGCUGGAGAGGCUGCGGGAGCACGAUGCGGCCGCUGAGUCACUGGUGGAUCAGUCGGCGGCGCUGCACCGCCGGGUAGCCUCUAUGCGGGAGGCGGGGACAGCGCUUCCGGAUCAGGUCAGGCAGAGGUAUCAAGAGGAUGCAUCCGAUAUGAAGGACAUGUCCAAAUACAAACCUCACAUUCUGCUGUCCCAAGAGAACACACAGAUUAGAGACUUGCAGCAGGAAAACAGAGAGCUGUGGGUUUCCUUGGAGGAACACCAGGAUGCUUUGGAACUCAUCAUGAGCAAGUACCGGAAACAGAUGUUACAGUUAAUGGUUGUUAAAAAAGCUGUGGAUGCUGAACCAGUCCUGAAAGCUCACCAGUCUCACUCUGCAGAAAUUGAGAGUCAGAUUGACAGAAUCUGUGAAAUGGGAGAGGUGAUGAGGAAAGCAGUUCAGGUAGAUGAUGACCAGUUUUGUAAGAUUCAGGAAAAAUUAGCCCAAUUAGAGCUUGAAAAUAAGGAACUUCGAGAAUUAUUGUCCAUCAGCAGUGAGUCUCUUCAAGCCAGAAAGGAAAACUCAAUGGACACUGCUUCACAAGCCAUCAAAUAACUGAACUCUGAAUGAUGGCUGGAGAUUGUCUAUCAAGGAAGGAAGUUAUUAUCUUCCCAUUCAAGUACUGUUCAUUAAGUGUCCUGCCUCAGAUUUGAUUUAAUCUUGUUUAAAGUUAUCAGGUGGCAAUUUAGAAUUUCCAGUCAAUACUGCUGUCCACAAAAACGGUUCUCAGAUGUAUUAAUGUGGAUACAUGCUGAAUUGCACUAUUCCUUUCUCAAAGAGACUACUUUUAAUUUUUAUUUCUGGGACCUUGAUUUAUAUAAACAGUGUUUUCAGUUCAUUGUUAUUUUUCACAUCUCUGAAACUUUGAGCAUUUUUUUAUAAGCCAGCAAUUUUAUUAGAUAUAGCAUUGUAAAAUACACUUCUAGGAAAUUUUAGGAGAGAUUUAACUUUUUAAAUUUAUUUGGCAUAAACCUUGUUUAUCUUUUUUUCAUUUGACAUAAAUAAUACAAUUCCACAGAACUAAAUCA